AUGAACAGCAAUGAUGAACAUCCCCAGGGAAACAAGAACACCAACCCUCCGCGGCCGCUGAAUCUACAAUCUCAUUCGUUUUCUUCACUCCCAGAUGAAAUCGCUGAGAAGGUUCUUGCUCGUAUCUCUAGAUGCAACUACCCAAGUCUCUCUCUAGUCUCCAAGAGAUUCCACUCUCUCCUCUCUUCUCCCCAACUGUACAAGACACGAUCUCACAUCAGAACCACCGAACCAUGUCUCUAUCUCUGUCCAGAACAUUCCGAGGACCAACCUCCUAAAUGGUUCACUCUGUGGAUGAAACCCCAAUCAUGUCUUCCACAUAACGACUAUUCGUUGUUUCCGGUACCUUCUUCUUCUAAUUCUAUUCUCGAACCAUUUUAUACCUCAGUAGCCGUUGGUUCCGAACUCUACAUAAUCGGUGGAACUUACAAUGCGCCGUCUUCAGCUGUCCGUAUUCUUGAUUGUCGGACUCACACGUGGCGUGAUGGCCCUAGUAUGUUGUUGCCUAGGUGGUGUUUGACGCAUGCCAAUGCGUUUUUACUCGAUGAGAAAAUAUACGUGAUGGGACGUUGGGGGAGCGACGAGUCUCAGCAUAAUUGGAUGGAAAUGUUGGACAUAAAAACUCAGAAGUGGAGACACUUGCGGAUCCAUGGAGUCGACGAGUUUGACAGCCAUUGGUUUGUGACUAAUAUGUUUGAAGAAAAGAUGUACGCAAUUGCUGAAAAGAAGAGCUAUGCUUAUGACACAUUAGAAAGUAGGUGGGAAGUUGUGGAGACACACAGGAACUUCAGAUUUAUAAAUGAUUGGUGUGUGAUUGAGGAUGUAAUGUAUUGUUUUACAACCUCCGGUUAUUGCAUGUGGUAUGACUCCAAAACUAGAGACUGGAUAGAUGUCAAGGGUUCAGAUAUGGAACUAUUGCGCAUGCAUAGAACAUGUGGCUUAGCAUGGCGUCCUAUGCUUCGAAUACUCAACCUUGGUGGGAAACUUCUAGUUAUGUGGAUCCCUGAGUCCAAAAGAAACAAACGAGAACCUGAAGGGAGAAUAUGGUGCGCGAAGAUCGCAUUAGAGAAGCGUGAAAGUGAAGUCUGGGGUAAGAUAGAAUGGGCUAAUAGUGUUUACGACUCGUAUUGGUUCUCGAGUUGUGUUGUCUCGAUUUGA